AUGCGUCCCUCCAAUCUUUUAUCAUAUGCGCUAGUCGCUUUGUGCUCUUCUUUUGUCAUUGCUGGGUCAGUAGAUGGCAGUCUACCGUAAGUUCAUGGCUAUGACUUCAAGAUUCCAAGCUGAUUGAAAUAUAGACCUACUCGAGUUGAGAACCGGCAAGCACCUGCGCCAGCUGGACCAAGGAAAACAGUCGAUUCAAGGCUAUCUGCGAAAAAGGCCUCCUUCAAACCAGGAGAAACCCCUCGGCCUAAUAUCAUACCGCUCAAUGAAGAAGCACCUAAUUCCAAAGCCAAUCUCCUACGUGCGAAGAAGGGUGCAUCUCCCACUGGCAAGGAGCUGGCUGCUGCGGACGGUGAGGGUGGUGACGUUGCCACAAACCCGACGAACACUCCAGCACCUAAAAAGGGAAAGAAUGCUGGUGCUGGUGCUGGUACUGAUACCACAAAACCGACGGGCACUGCAGCACCCAAAAAGGGCAAGAAUGCCAAUAACAGUAAGCCCACAGGAACAGCCAAUGGCAACGAGAAGGCUGCUGCGGAUGGUGAGGCUCCUGGUGGGGGUACUGGCGAAGUGACUGCAAAACCGACGAACACCCCAGCACCCAAAAAGCCCAAGGCAGCUGGUACUGAUACUACAAAACCGACGGGCACUGCAGCACCCAAAAAGGGCAAGAAUGCCAAUAAUAAGCCAGCACCAACAGCCAAUGGCAAUGAGAAGGCUGCUGCGGACGGCGAGGGUCCUGUCGAAGCGACUGCAAACCCAACGAACACUCCAGCACCUAAAAAGCCCAAGGCAGCUGGUACUGAUACUACAAAACCGACGGGCACUCCAGCACCCAAAAAGGCUAAGAAUGCUAAUAAGCCCACAGCAACAGCCAACGGCAAUGAGAAGGCUGCUGCGGACGGUGAGGGUGAGGCGACCACAAAACCGACGAACACUCCAGCACCCAAAAAGCCCAAGGCAGCUGGUACUGAUACCACAAAACCGACGGGAACUGCAGCACCCAAAAAGGGCAAGAGUGCCAACAAUAAGCCAACCGCCAAUGCCCUCCCUACAUCAACUCCAGAGUCCAAGAAUGGUGCAGAGAAAGCAGCUGCGAAGAAGGGAGGCGAGUCCAAGGCACCUCCCACUGGUACAGAUGCUCCUCCUCCUCCCCCUCCACCUCCAACAGGAACCCCAGCUCCACCGCCAGGAGCGCUUGACCUUCCACCUCCUCCACCACGCGGAAAUGGUACAGAAAACCCACCUCCCCCACCACCAAAUGGGACUCCACCGCCGCCUCCUCCUCCUCCAACUGGUACAGGAGCUCCUUCGCCGCCAGCUGCCGAAGAGACUGGUCUUCGACAAGGUGAUGCUCUCACCCCAACGGUAUGUUACUUUCUCAAUAUCCCCUUUCAGUCCUCAAAUUUCAUACUAUGUCGAAAGGCGUGAAGCAUUCUUGCUGUAGACAAGAAAAGUGACUGGAAGAAAUUCUCCUUUUAUUCUACCUCGUUCUUCUCUUUUUCCAGAUUACUUUGAGUGGAUCAACUUGGCAAUCUUUCUAAAAGAUUAUGACUUCAAUUACCCCAGAAUGUCUGGCAAAGUUGUUCAAACUGUUCUAAAUAUCUAGAGUAAUCCAGAAUUAUUCUAGAGAAUUAGAAUAAUGAGGCUCGUUUCUCCUAAUUUUCUUGUCUACCGCAAGGCUACCUACUUUUCAAUAAUGUCAUUUCGACCGCGAGCAUUGGUGUCAUUUAUUAAGCCAAAGGGCAAAUCAACGCAUUUCAUGAUAGAUCCUCACAGUGACCUAGUGAGUCACAGUGGAUAAUUGCGUUCCCCAACCUACUGUUCCUUUUAUACUGCUACCAGGGGCAUCUGAACGACCUGGCACUCCCGCAAACAAUGGCUUUAUUUCCUGCUUAGCUUAAAAAGCGCUCAACUGACUCCUCAAAAAGGGACCAUCGAAACCAGUGAAAGAAGCAAACGAGUCGCCGGAUCCACAAGAUUCCACGGCACCCCCACCACCACCUGCAGGUUUGAAUGGGACCGAGGGAGCACCAAACAAUGGGACCAAACCACCGGGAAAAAAGAAGGGAGGAGAAGCGAAAGGACCACCAGGAGGUUUCAACGCGACUCAGGAAGUGCCAAAUAAUGGGACCAAACCAGCGAAAAAGAAGGGAGAAGGGAAGGGACCAAAUUUUAAUGCGACCGAUACAGCGCCAAACAAUGGGACCGAUAUACCGCACAAAAAGAAGGGAGGAGAAGGAAAGGGACCCCCUGCGAAUCCGACUAGUACAGCGCCAAAAAAUAAUGUUUGCCCAACAAAGCUUGCUUCGCCGAAUGGCAUCGACUCGGAUGCUGCUAAGGAUGGAGCAUCGAAUUGUGCACCAGCGCUUCCUGCGACGAACGGCAUCGACUCGGAUCCUACUAAGAAGAAAGGAGGGACAACUGCCUCACCGUUGCCGCUGAUUGCCGGCGGUUUAACCUCUGAGGCAAACCCUGUUCUUGGAAGAAGGCGUGAGGAUUUAGCAAUUUUUGUUUGUUUCUUCCUGAGCUGGACUCUCAGAUUUGCGCUCUAG